GCCACUUGUUUUGUAAAACUUUUGAAGUAGUUUUUGAAUAUAUAAACUUUAUCUAUUAGUUCUACUUCAAUCUUUAUAUAAAUUGAAUUGAAAAUAACUUUGGUCAAACAUCGUAAUCCGAAUCUAGAACAAUAUUAUGGGACAGAGGGAGUAUUAUUUAUGUUUGUUUGUAGUGCUAAUAUUUUAGGGAGUACUGUUUAUUCAAUUCUUCCAACCAACGACGCCUCUUGUUUUUCUGAUGCAUUUCAUGCACCAUUCAUACUUGAUCUGUUCUAGGUUACAUCACAGUUUAUCUUCCUUCAGAUUUUCCUCUCUUUUUGUGUUUUUCCUUUUGUUUGAUGAAAACAGAGGAUGCCAUGCUUUUUCAGAGUAUACUGCAAGCUGAUCCCUCUCUGAAGCGUCCCUCCGAGGACAUCAAACUUAUAGAGUCUUAUGCCUCAAUAAAAUCACCACUUCAGGUUCUUAACAGUGGGAAAAAAUCCAAAAAGAAGAGGGUGCACUCUCCGUCAGAGGAGGCCAGUACAUGGGAUCUUCCAUGUGUUCAAUGUGGCACUGAGAUUCGAGGGUUCCAGUGUAACCAAAGCACAGUUCAUUUACAGUGCCAAGCGUGUGGUGGGAUGAUGCCUCUAAGAACAAAUAUUGGUGUACCACAAAACUGUGUGGGAUGUGAUCGAGCAUUUUGUUCUGCCUACUGGCAUGCUCUGGGAGUUACUGAAAGUGACUUGCACCCUGUUUGCAGUCCUGAAACAUUCAAACCUAUACAAGAACGCACAAUUACUAGAAUCCCAUCUUUGACACAUGAGAGUAACCGGCAUGAGCAGGAGAUCACAGAAAGAUGUAUUGCAAAGAUGGGUAAGACCUUGCAAGAUGUGGUCUGCGACUGGAUUGUGAAGUUCGAUAAUGGGCAAAUAGAUCGAACAAGAAUGGCGCUGAACCAUGCUCAGACAAUAACUUCUCGUACAUGUUGUUGUAGUGAGUGCUACGAGAAAGUGGUUGCAUUUCUCUUGUACUGGUUUAGGGUCACGUUGCUUAAGCAUUGUAUGACGCUGGAAGACUCACAGAGGGAAGACUGCUGGUACGGGUAUGCGUGUCGGACACAACACCAUAACGAAGAACAUGCUCGCAAGAGAAACCACAUCUGUCGUCCAACAAGGGGCAGAUCCAUGUCCUAGGGGUAAAUUCUUGUUCAUGCCAAAUUGUUGGACAACGGAUACUAUACAACCGGGUGUUUUCCAUAGGGGUAGCUCCAUCCCCCAGUAUUUUUUCAGUAUUCCUAUUAGGGAUGCCCUAUUUGUCUACUUUCCUAUUAAGGCAAGAAAAACAAUAUGAAAUGUCCAUUUUACCCUUGUCAUUUACACUGAUUCAAAU